AUGGUUUUAUUUGGCGUCUGGCCUGCGCAUCCUCAGAAACCAUCACCAUCACCAACAGUCAUAACCCUACUUAUCACAUCACAAUCUGUAGGAAGUCGCGACUCGGUAUCAUAUGACCUCAUUACCCAAGCAAACAAUCAUUUCCAACCAGCACGCUUCCUACAAGUUCCUCACCAUUUGACCCUACAAAACUAUAAUGAUGUAUUCUAUCCAGGUCUAGAACAAUGGCCCAAGUUUAAUCAUAAACUUAAUAUACCUUAG